AUAGAGCCCCCUUUGGUCUUGACCAUUGUUGUUCUUGCCACCCAUUACACCAUCCAUUUUUUCUCUUCUCUUCACUUUUCUUCAAUUUUGAGAGAGACCCAACAAGGCAAAACGGCGAGGGUUACAAUUUCCGGUUCGAAAAACGGCUCAAAAAGAUGAUUCCACAGCAAUGGGCACCUCCUUGUAACAAUCAGUGCACCCAUAAAUACUCAACUCUCAUGCAAAUUCCUUGGAGAGUCUUUUGCAAAAAAGGAUGUGAUGCUGAUGGAGAGACGUGGGAUGAAUGUUUAUCAGAAUGUGAGGAGAUAUGCUAUAAAAAUCCAGUUCUGAAGGAUCAACAGUGGAGUGCUUACAUCGAUCGAUCUCCUGGUGCCGCCAGCUGCUCUGAGGAAUGCUUUCAUGCUUGUGUAGCUGGCUGUGGAUACAAGUUUGACGUUCCUUCCCAAAAAGUCGAUCAAAUCCAUCCAAGCAGGCCUCCUCCGCCUCCUCCCAAAGAUAAACUGACCACACGUGCUGUGAAAAGAAUACUACCCGGGGAACCUAGCCAAACGAUUGAUGACAUACCUGGGACAUCCGCGUAGCAUCAACAGGUCUGACAGUGUAGACAACUUGGAAUACAUUUGUUCUGUUAGGAUCACAACCAUAAGUCUUAAAUUUUGUCACAAGUCAAGAGGCAGUAGUAAUUUUCUUUUGGAAACAUUUUUAGAGCUUAUUUGAAAGUUGGUAAAUUUUCUUAAGAUUAACAAGCAAUCAUAGGCAAGUAUUUGAUAUUAUCAUGAGAAAAACUGUAUACAACUUGGCUAAAAAUGUUAUCUCAUUACACCAUGCAUCCAAGUAUGUAAGUUUUUAAUGUUAACAUUGUUUUUUAUUACCAAAACUCUAAAAUUGUUGUUGA